ACGAUGAACACUCUGAUAAUAUUGGUAAUCUCUGCAUUUGAAUAUAUAUAGAACCAGUUAUUCCAAUCGCGACUUCCUAUUAUACUUUGACUUUGAGCAUACCACGACCAGAAGGAUAUAUCAAGGAAGUUAUGAUCAUCGUCCAAAGAUCCAAAAGUAGAAACGUCUCGAGCGAGGAAAUUACAACAAGUGAUCUCAAAAAUUACCAGCUAGACACACAAGAUCCAUACAUCACUGCUUAUAUGAAAGCUGAUGUUUUACCCUUGACGUUCGUGAUAGGAAAUGGCAAGAAUUACAGUUCUGACAAAAAUAACUACCACAACCAACCUUUAACGAGAAAUUCAAGUUAUAAUGUGUUCUUGAGGUUUUUUGAGAGUCAGGACUCAUACUACUCGACAGAGUGGAGUGGUAGCAUUUACACAAUGGGGAGACCUUCAGAUGGGAGUGGGAAACAGUCAGUUCACGAGUGUACGGAAGACAAAACCCGGCUUGAUCUCCUUAUACCACUGAGUAUUCUAGCAUUGUGCCUUCUUCUCUCGUUUGGCGUAAUCAUAUAUCUAUGUCGUCGUCAAAACAGCUAUUCUAGCUCUGAAGGAGUUAGCCAAGCAAUGGAGCUGGACUCCAUUCAAACCCCUACCAGUCGCCAGACUGAAAAUGCGAAUGACUGUGUCCCUGUGACUGUGUACGAGAUUCCAGACGAAAUUGAGCAACAUGAGGCUCCAUACGAGACAGACAAAGAACAGGAAUCAUCGGAUUACAUGCCGUUGAAUGACAACAGAGAACCAGCAAACGUUUAUCAGUCACUGCAACCCCCCGGGACCAAUAAUGGUCAACGUCAUCCUGAGGGGAGUGGUGAAUUAAUGGAAUACGAAAAUGCUGCCUUCAAUUGAGAUUUUAAUUCUUACUGAUAUAUUCACUAAAAAUGCAUGUAUUGCUGAACUCCCUGCACAUAUAUAACACUUAAAUUCGAGUCAUCAGACCAUUUGCUGGUUUUUUAUUCAUAGACGUGCGAAAUUAAAUUAUCCGCAUUAACAAUACACUUAAGUCUUUCCUUCUUCACUUUUAUCAAAUAUGUAAAAUUUCGUCCAUCAGCCUAGGGCGUGAAUUCCACAGAACCUUUUUCUCGGCGAAAUGUGAAAUAUUUCGGCUGUUUUUUUGAAUUUCGACUACUUGAAUAAAUUAAUUCAGGCAGGCAAAAUAUUUCGCAUUUCGAUUGAAAAGUUUAGCACGUAGAAAAUGUUCACUUUGUGA